AUGUCUUAUCAAAACAGAAAUCCUUAUACUUUAGAUAUAAAUUUGCCAUUUAUUAGAGUAGUAGAAAAUGAAUCUGAUUCUGCUUUUAGAAAAUUGCCAAUAUUACGGAAAGGAAAGAAUCA